AUGCCGUCGUCGGCAGCUGCCGGACUUGGUGGAUAUAUCGGUGAAGAUCUCGUAUUCGUUAACUCUCCGACUCCUCCCUCUCCGACACCUCCCUCUCCGCCUUCUCACUGCAGUUUCGUCUGUAACAUGACAGAGAGAGUUUUGAAGGAUUGUAUCGCUGAUGCAAAGGAUAACUGGGGUAAGAACAUUACGAGAGGCAUGAUGGUCGAAGGUAUUUGCGCAGCUGCCAUCUUUUCUUAUCACUAUGCCAGUGAGAGGCCAGUUGGAGACCACCAAGAACUUGAGAAUCCCUUUGACCCUCUCUACACUUGA